CUUCGCCGCGUUGCUUGCUAGGAUGCCAUGCUCUUCGCAUCGCUGAGGAGCUUGGUCACACCUCAUGCGGUAGCCAGGGCGUCUUUCGCUCGUUUUAGCUCCUCUCUCGCAAAUUUGUCUGCGGAAGAGGUGGAAAGGAUCAAGCAACGAGCUCGCUGGGCACAGGAACAUCUCGCGCCUCACGAGAUACCAAAAACCUGGUUAGACGUCUCUUUUGCGAGAUCCGGCGGACCCGGAGGACAGAAUGUCAACAAGGUCAAUACAAAGGCCGAGAUCAGGCUGGACCUGAACAAGGCCACCUCUGGUGCCGAUGCUGUCGUCGAGAAGAUGCCAAGAAGCGCCGUUCAGCAUCUGACAAAAUCUUCGCCAUAUUACAAAGCCUCGACACACUCGCUCUUCGUCACUUCCACGAAAACGCGCAGCCAGGCCAACAACCUUGAAGAUGCCAUGUCAAAGCUCAAAAACCAUAUGGUCGAGCUGCUUACGGAAGACGUACCGGGCGAAACGUCCGAGGAGCAGAGAAACCGAGUUAAGGGGCUGAUAGGUCGGGACAAGGCCAAAACACGGAAGACCAAAGAGAGACGAGGAGAUGUCAAAAAGUCGAGGAAGAUUGGCAAGGAAUCUCUGGCAUACUAAACAAGGAUCAAAAUUAGAGAUGAGAAUAAUUACAAGUCCAAGUCCACUGAGCUCUUAGCCGGUGGCGAGCUUCUUGAGGCCAGCCUCGCUGCCGCUAUGGGUGCGCAAGGAGAGUCAGUUAACGGACGUAGAUCAGCCAAGUCGUAUCUGCUCACUUGAAGACGUCCUGGUCACCAGGGAAGGUGCCCGAGUCAGCCCACUGCCAAAUGGUCUCGUAAGGCCAGCCACCUGGGAUCGUGCCGAUGGUCGACGAUUGGUAAUGAGCGAGAUUGAGGGGCGAGUUUGCGCUGAACGCCUUUGAGUUGCCCGCUGAAUUGGUGUUGAGAAUAUUAUUCAUUGGUGG